AUGCCCCUCGCUACCCGCAAGCUGGGCAGCCAGGGGUGCCAGGCUUCCGCCAUCGGGCUGGGCUGCAUGUCGCUGGUGCCGGGCGGCGGCUUCUACGACCCAGAGGGUCUCACAGAGGAGGCAGCAGUGUCGGUCAUCCACCGGGCGCUGGACCUUGGGAUCACGCUGUUCAACACUAGUGAUCUGUACGGCCCUUUCACCGGUGAAGAGGUGCUGGGCAAGGCGCUCAAGGGGCGGCGCCAGGGGGUGGUGGUGGCCACCAAGUGGGGCCCCAUGUUCACAGAGGGCGGCCAGCUGGUCAUGGACGGCUCCCCGCAGAAUGCGCGGCGGUGCGUGGAGGGGUCCCUGCGCCGCCUGCAGCUGGACUGCAUAGACCUGUUCACGAUGAGGGGGGCGGUGGACCCCAAGGUGCCUCUGGAGGAAACAAUGCAGGAGCUCAAGGCGCUGGUGAGCGAGGGCAAGGUGCGGCACCUGGGGUUGAGCGAGGUGUCUGCGGAAGAGGUGCGCGCCGCCCAUGCCAUCCACCCCAUCAGCGCGGUGGAGCUGGAGUGGAGCCUGUUCACGCGGGAUGCUGAGCGCGACAUGGUCCCCACCCUGCGGGAGCUGGGCAUCGGUAUCAUGGCCUACAGCCCGCUGGGGCGAGGCCUGCUAGCCGGCCGCUUCUCCUCGCCAGGCGACCUCGGGGAGAAGGACUUCCGGCGCUGGGGGCAGCCGCGGUUUGCUGGGGAGGCCUUUGAGGCCAACCAGCGCCUGGCGGCCCAGGUGGCGGCGCUGGCUGACAAGAAGGGCUGCACUCCUGCUCAGCUGGCGCUGGCCUGGCUGCUUGCGCAGGGCGAGGACGUCAUCCCCAUCCCAGGAACCAAGAGCGCUGCACGCUUGGAGGAGAAUGUGGCUGCGGUGGCGGUCCAGCUGUCGCCGGCUGAGCUGGCCGAGGUGGAGGCGGCGGUGCCAGCGGAUGCGGUGGUGGGCAGCCGCUACUAGUGGCCUGGGGUUCAAAACUCGCCAUGAUUAGAUGUUACUUUACGAACAAUCGAAGAGGUGCCUCCAAAUUUGCUGACAAUGAAUUAGCCACGUAGGCGGUGCAUGAAAACAUUCGGGAGGGAAAAGAUCUGAAACAGCAAGUGCUGGC